CAGAUGCACCUGGAAUGAUGAGGGGGCUGACGCGUCGACUAGCCCAGGCCGAGCUGAAGAGGCUGCAGCAGGAGGGCACAGGGUGGUGGGGGGGAGUCUGGAGACCCCUGCACCACUGCUCUGCCCUGGUGUACCGCGAACACUCAGCCAGCGUGGCUGCUGUGAGAUUAGAACACCUGCCUCUCCCGGCACUGAGCAAACACAGCGUCAGAGUGAAGAUGCUGGCGGCUCCGAUCAACCCAGCCGACCUCAACAUGGUCCAGGGAACCUACCCGAUCCUGUGCCCCCUGCCCGCUGUGGGCGGAAACGAGGGCUUGGGAGAGGUGGUGGAAGUGGGCAGUGAUGUCAUGGCCAUGAGACCAGGUGACUGGGUGGUGCCGAUGGAUGCAGGCUUUGGUACGUGGAGAACAGAGGUUGUGUGUGAGGAAACUGAUCUGAUCUCAGUCCCUAAGGACAUCUCCGUGCUAGGAGCCGCUACCAUCGCAGUCAACCCCUGCACCGCUUACAGGAUGCUUCAUGACUUCCAAGCCCUCACGCCAGGUUCCACAGUGAUCCAGAAUGGCGCGAACAGUGCAGUGGGUCAGGCUGUGAUCCAGAUAGCUGCAUCACUGGACCUCAGAACCAUCAACCUCAUCAGAGACAGGCCAAACUGUGGAGAGCUGGUGAAAGAACUCAAGGCUCUUGGAGCUGAUUAUGUCAUCACAGAAGAGGAAGUGACAUCAUCAGGCCUUCACCAUGUCUUCCAGGAGGUUCCUAAACCCAAGCUGGGGCUGAACUGUGUUGGGGGGGUCAGUGGGUCACUCGUGCUCUCUCAUUUAGACUACGGAGGAACACUGGUGACAUAUGGGGGGAUGGCCAAAAGACCACUCCAGAUACCAGCAAAAUCCCUCAUAUUCAAAAACAUCACACUGCAAGGGUUCUGGAUGACCCAGUGGAAAAGGAACCACAGACAAGAUAAGGCCUGUCUGAAGUCAAUGCUGGACUCAGUGUAUGAACUGGCCCGGUCGGGUCAGCUCAGACCACCCAACUGCAUUCAGACUCCGUUUCCCCUCUACACACAGGCAUUACAAGCGACAGCGCAGCGUCACCAACGCAAACAUGUGCUUAUAAUGUAGGGUCUCUGUCUCUCA